UUCCAUAUUGAAGAGUCCUAGCCUUUUUUAUUUCUCUUGGUAUGGCAACUGCUGAUCAUUUUGGUAGCCCUUCUCUGUAUACCUUCCAUGUACUUCCACUAUUUGCAAUAACAUUUCAGAAGCUAUAGAAUCUCAUGCCUAGUUUAUAUUUUCUUCUUCCAUUGGGAAAUUUUGUCCUCCCUUCACUUUUCCCCACAUUUCUCAUCUGCAGCCUCCACAGAUAAGUGAGAUAUGGUGUCAAGGUUUGCAGAAAUGACUAGUUUCAGGUGUAGCAGCACCAUCACCCCUGCCACUUUCAUAGUACUGCCUCCCUUCUGGCUAUAGCUUGUUGUCAUAAAAUAAAGCUUCCAGCUCUCUUUCCCAGGUCCGCUUAAGUCUUUUGUUUUAUCACAAGCUUGGGCAUCCAUAAAUUCAAGGCUUAAAAAGUUUUUUAGCCCUUUAUUGGGGCUGCUUUUCCCCUGUAGCCCAAUCUUUGGGCUUGUAGAACUUCACAAUUCUUCCACCCAAAUACUUUUUUUUAUUUAUCUGGUCUCACUUCUAGACAUUCUGGAGGUUUAGCACCAACUUGCUCUUUUUCUGAGCAAGCUCCGUGAAUUCAAGCUCUCCUUGUAUUUCCCAGCAGGUUUGGUUCCUAGUCGCAUGACCUCUUGAUGAUGCAAGAGAUUAGUCACAGGACUGUAACUGAAGGACAAGAUGGCAAGAACCAGCCACAGCAACUAUGUUCUUCAGCAGCUAAACAACCAAAGAGAGUGGGGUUUUCUCUGUGACUGCUGCAUUGCUAUCGAUGAUAUUUAUUUUCAAGCACAUAAAGCAGUCUUGGCUGCCUGUAGCUCAUAUUUUAGGAUGUUUUUUAUGAACCAGCAACACACUACAGCCCAGCUGAAUCUCAGCAACAUGAAGAUUAGUGCUGAAUGUUUUGAUCUUAUUCUGCAGUUCAUGUAUUUAGGAAAAAUUUUGACUGCCCCUGCCAAUUUUGAGCAAUUUAAAGUGGCGAUGAACUAUUUACAGCUAUACAAUGUCCCUGAAUGUUUAGAAGAUAUACAAGACACAGACUCCUCUAGUUUAAAAUGUUCAUCUUCUGCUUCUAGCACCCAAAAUAGCAAAAUGAUAUUUGGCGUACGAAUGUAUGAAGACACCCUUGCUAGAAAUGGUAGCGAAGCAAACAGGUGGUGCACAGAGCCGCCAAGUUCAACAGUAAACACAUCACAUCACAAAGAGCCUGAUGAAGAAGCUUUGCAGCUCAACAGUUUCCCUGAACAACUGUUUGAUGCGUGCAAAAAAAGCACUGUGUCCAAAUUCUCCAGCACAAAAGAGCGUGUGUCACAUUCACGACGCUUUGGAAGAAGCUUCACCUGUGACAGCUGUGGGUUUAGUUUUAGCUGUGAAAAGUUACUGGAUGAGCAUGUGUUGACGUGCACGAACAGGCACCCAUACCAAAACGCCAAGUACUAUGGCAUUGAAAAAAUGGACUUCAGCGAAAAAGACUGUACUUCCAAAAACCUAUCUGCACAAAUAGACAAGUGCAAAGGGGAUCUGAGCCAAGCAGCCGAUGGGUCUUUGUCUCCAGUGUCAAAUGUUACAAGCAGAAAAAGCAGCACAGUUGCAUCUGAGACGUCAGGUGAAGAGGGAAGCAGAGCUGCAGAGAGGAAGCGAAUUAUGAUCAAGAUGGAACCAGAGGACAGCCCUGUGGAUGAAAUGAAAGAGUUUAAUGUUAUUAAAGUGACAGAUAAAGACUGUAACGAAUCUACUGACAAUGAUGAACUAGAUGAUGAACCGGAAGAGCCACUUUACAGAUACUAUGAGGAAGAGGUCAGUGAAAAGAGAAGAGCUCGAAAAACUUUAAAACCCCGGUUAUUAAUGAAUGAGGAGGAAAGAAAGUAUUUAAAGAGUGCAAGGCACCUUAGCAGGAAGAUCUCCCCAGUACAGGAAGAUACAGAGAAUGGCCCCUGUGAACUGUGUGGGCUUACAAUUACAGAGGAAGACCUGUCCUCUCAUUACUUGUCGAAGCACAUAGAAAAUAUCUGUGCUUGUGGCAAAUGUGGUCAAAUACUGGUCAAAGGUAAACAGUUGCAGGAUCAUGCGCAGACAUGUGGAGAGCCUCAGGAUCUGACCAUGAACGGGAUAAGAAACUCUGAGGAAAAAAUGGAUUUAGAAGAGAACCCUGAGGAACAGUCCGAAAUCAGGGACAUGAUGUUUGCAGAGAUGUUGGAGGACUUCAGGGACAGUCAUUUCCAAAUGAACAGUCUUCCCAAAAAGCAGUUAUAUAAGCAUUCUGCCUGUCCUUUCCGAUGUCCUAAUUGUGGUCAGCGUUUUGAAACUGAAAAUCUAGUGGUUGAACAUAUGUCAAACUGCCUGGACCAAGAUCUGUUUAAGAAUGCCAUUAUGGAAGAGAAUGAAAGAGAUCACAGACGAAAACAUUUCUGUAAUCUCUGUGGGAAAGGAUUUUAUCAGCGUUGUCACUUGCGGGAACACUAUACUGUUCAUACCAAGGAAAAACAGUUUGUUUGUCAGACAUGUGGAAAGCAGUUUUUAAGAGAACGCCAGUUGCGGCUCCACAAUGAUAUGCACAAAGGCAUGGCCAGUACGGCUGUGUCAUCAGUCUGCAACACAACCAAGGCUAUGUCUGCACUGCAGUCAGAGCGUGGGGGCAGUGGACAAAGCGAAGAGGUUCCUGGAUAACCUACAAAUCGUAUGUCAAAAAUGCAUGUUAUAUGUGAAUGGAAUCCACCUUACUUCAAGAAAGGACUUUUGUGAGGAACCUACCCCAAUGACUAUGGUAGGGUUACCUUUUUCCCACGUGUAGCAGAGAUCUUUCUCAAUCCGUGAUCUCUAUUUGGUUUCUAGUAGUGGUCUGAAGAGGGGAGUUCUAGACUCAGUAGUCUUUCCCUUUUUCCUGACUUUUAGCAUGUGUCCAUUUAGAAUUUGUCCUUGGCUGGCUGGAUCUCCAGACUUUUGAGGAAUUAGCUCUAAGUACUCUUAUUAUUUGUACAUAUUUGUAUAGGCCAAGUUUUGCUAUUGACCAAAAUAACAUGCAAAAACAGUAAGGGGAUGUUAAUGCUGCAGAAUAUGGAAUAGAACCAACUCAAGAGGGCAUCCUUGUGUCUCCAGACCCUCCUUUUGCUUUCAAGCAAAACAAAACAUCACAAAUAUGAUCUUGUUUUUAUGCAGUUACAGAAGACUGCACUCUUUAUAACCCCUUAUGUAGCCUAUGACUUUUUGCAGAAUGCAGUAUUAUGAGUUUAUACGAGCUCCAUCUGGUGGUUAGUUUAAAGCAUGCACACUUGAUUUAAAUAGAUUUAAAAAGAUUAAAUUUGUUUAGUUGAGACCUUAGUGUUUGAAGACUGCAGAAUCAGAUUUGGUUGAGGUUGGACUUUCCUUUUAAAACAUCUGCUUUUAGGGUAACUGGAUGCCUUGUGAGAUUGGUAGUGGGAGACAGCACUAUUUAUCUCGAGCUAACUGAUUCUAGUUCAAGCUAACAUACUUUGGCUAACAUUUAUUAUCCAUGCCAGAUGCUCAAUGGCUUGUGCAAUGAGCUGGUGUUCACAGUCCAGUACAUACACCACUAAUUCACAAUCUUUUUGCAGUCUCAUCAGAAAGACUAAACAUUAAUGUGCAUAAAGGCUCAACUCACUUUCCAACUCUCAGAGGUGGUCCACUCAAAAUGCAGUUGGUGUACUUUUGUGGGAAGGUGCAAAAACAUUUGCAGUGCUGCUGUGUGAGCCAUAUGCAGUCUGUAGUUUAAAUAAAGAUCUCUGAUGGAAAAAUUACCAGCUUAGCACUCAAUAUUCAGAGGGGAAAAUCUAUUAUAUUAUGUUCUGAAAUCAAUGUGAAAGAGAUAAAUACUUUCUUCACUAAUUGUUAGUUCUCUAAAGCUAAAAAUGGACAUCUGAUUUUUCCAGGGCAAGGUUUUUAAUCCUGGGAUCCUGCAGAUGUAAAAGCCCACUGUAAAUACCUGUGAUCCAAGAUAACACUUUCCUGGGACAAGAGCUGCUAAUUUGAGUUAACCAUCAUUCAUUCCAGGGACCAGCAACAUGUGUAAGGAGCUAUGUAGCUCCCCGGUUUUGACUCGGCUCAAUCGGAGCCUCAAAUGCAGCGUCUGUUUUUAGAAAACAAGAGGUCCCUCUCUGUGAAGUGGUCAAAUUAACGCUAUACUGGGGCACCCAUCAAUCUAACAAGAGUUCCUGGCAUAUGAUCAACAAGUUAGGGAGGGAUAUUGUACAUAUCCAAUAUGUCUAUGCAGUAAAUGGUGAUGCAAGUGACACAUCAGGUAUAAGUCACUCAGAAAAUGUUUGGAAAUAGCUUGCCUUGUACAAAUUUGGCAAUGAGGAAGGUGCAAUUUAUGCACCAAGGGGGAAGAAUGGAGCAUGCAAGGAAAAACAAUUUAGAGGAUUUUCCUUACAAUUUACAUCCUUGUACAACUGUUUUCUGGACUACUUAUAUUUGAUGUAUUACUUAAGCUAACCUAUAUUUCAUGGAUGAAUUUGACCCAGAGACUUAUGAGAGUUGCAAAUACCUGCAACUACAACCUUUCAACUAGUGCUACUGUUUGGGGUCUACAGCAGUAUUAUCUGUUUGGGAGGUUAGAAAUAAACAUGACCAACAAAUCAAAAUGAAAAGACAGGGACAGAUACAAAGCAUUCUUCCAGAACGUGCACGUUCCAAGCUCUGACAAGACCAGUUGGAGGAAGAACUCUCUCAACCACUUGAGCAUCAGUUAAGCCAAGCCAUAAACCACUUCUGGAAAGCAGCAAAUACAGCAGCAAAAAUAAAUCAAGGGGUUGCAUUCUUUGUUGAGCUAGUCUGCACGAAAGAAUUGAGAACUGGGGCAAAAAGAAGGGUAAUAGAUUGAAUUGAAUGAAAAGCCUAAUGUUUUGGAUCAAACUCAGAACAUUGUUUAAGCAUACACUGGGAUAGAUGGGUGAGCAAAACAAAAGCUUUUAAACUGGGAUGGUUCCCUAGCUUGAUGGCUGUUGAGAGAAUAACCACUACACUGGCAUUUAGAACAAAGCCAAACUGUUCAAGGUGGGAAGGACUAUGGCAUGCUAACAAAUAUGGUAUCUUGGUGCUGGCUUCUGACUUUUAAUAUUUUUCUUGCGUUUCUUUUCUGUAUGGCAGUAGUGAAAUAGGGACUUCUAAGCUUCUGAAGAACUGAAAGAUCCAAGUUGGAAGAUGACAUGGGGAAGAAAUGGUCUGCAAAAGAUUUCUUUAAACUCAGAACCACAAGCCAGAUCUGAACUGGCACCACCUUUGCCUUCCUGACAGACUGCACCAGUUGCAAAGGGCACGAACAGCAGCCAAGUUAGUGUGUUCACUAAAAGUUCUUUUGGACCCUUCUCUGCAUUAUAAAGCUUACUUACUGGGGACUACAUUACAUCUGUGGAAAAACAAACUGAAACUUCCCCUCCUGGGGCAGCAAUGUAAUGUGUUGGCAGCACAUGCCAUAUGCACACUGGAGCCCCCCUUUUUCAAAACAAAAACUGCUAAGUUUACCAUCUGAGACUUUUUUAAUGCAGAACUUUCUUAACAUGUAUAUAACAAGCUAUCAUUUUCAUAUAUUCAUGCCAUUGCAACAAUAAAUUCUAAGAGUCCAAAAAGAUUUAGUUGUCUAAAAUCUUUAAAAUAAAGAAUGUGGGGACACAAGGAAGCAUGGGAUGGUGCUGAGGGUCAUAAGCAAAAGAAAACAUACUCUUUUAAUUUUAAUUCCUCUUGCUGCCCCUCUGCCACUAUCACAAAUUGCUGAUCUCAGUGUUGAAGAGGACCUGUACAGCAGAGUGAUUAUGUGAAAGGGGUAAAGAAAUUAUACUGUAGUGCUGUUACAAGAAUGCUGGAUUGUUGUGACUGACUAGGACAUGAGUAAAUGUGAAAUAAUGUUCGCAGGGCACAGUGUGCACUUUGUUCUGGAACUGAGCCUUGCAAAGCAGGCCCAAAGAGGGAAAUAAGGCAUUCAUUUUCUGACUUCAGGAUUUUAGCAGUCCUAAAUAUUCCAGCUAAAUUAACAGGGAUAGAGCAGAAUAAGGCAUUCAGUGUUUCAAAUACAGGGUCAGCACAGAUGGAAAAAACAAACCACCCACCCCCUAAAGACCACAAUGGAUCAGAUUCAGACAGCUGAACAGACUAAAACUAUUAAGCUACCAUUAUAGACUACUAUAGGUAUGCAUCUUACUGAUUCUAUUUGUGGCUGUAAAUGGAUGUUUUGCUGUUACCAAUACUUGUUCUAUUGAGAAAGGGUUGUGCAUAAUUUUACUUAUAUCUGGUAUUUCCUUAUAUUUUGUUAUAAAGUGCUCAAAGUGUUGUCUGUACUGCAGCUUAUGUAGACCAUGUCUCCAGCUCGCCUUUCCCGUUUUAAAAAGUGACUUUACAAAUGCUAGCAGAGCUGUUUAAUUACUGGGGGGUUAUGGAUGUAUUAUUUGAUGACAUAACCCUGAACAUUUCAGGAGGUGGACAAAUACAGGUAGCUCAACACUAGGAGAUAGCAUCGUUCAAGGCCUCCACACAAGACCAGGGAUGCUCAUGAAGCUGGUUCUGUGUCUGUUCUAGAACAGUGGAAAAUAGACAACUCACAUGUGAACAUACAAAGGGAGAGGCAGAAACCACUGGAGUGUCCCUCAGGCAGAAGGCACAAUAGAGCCAAGAAGUUUGACAGGAAGCAGAGAUGUUUCUUCCAGAGAGAAUGGGAAGCCUUUGAGACCUGCAGCACCUAGGAGAGAGUAAAAGUGUACACAGCAUCAACUGACAGCAGCUCUGUCAUCACCGGGCCAAAACAAAUUAGUUAUGCAAAGGAUAACUAGAGCAGUCUGUGACUUGUUGUACCUUAGCAGUUCUGUGCAGUUCAUGUAACAAAGUAAUGGGAGUCGGUAUUAGUUUGUUAGCAUGUAAUUUUAAAAUCUUAAAUCAUGCCUUAUAUGGGAUCUUAAAUAAAAUGCUCUCGUUCACAA